AUGAAUGGCGAGGUUCCCCCGCGAACCAGCGGCGCCAACGUCGCAUUUCUGGCCUCCCGCAACCCACCUAAUGUGAUUCUUCCUUUCACAGUCACUGGUUCUGGUCAGUUCAAUCGUCAUGCUCAGCCACGUCACCACGAUAUGUCCUCUGAAUCCGGCCCCGAGGUGGGCUCUGUGAGAGAUAAGAUCGGGAGGCUCACCAACUCUAAGUCUCCGGCACCCGUCAGCAAGAGAGUACGACCACCACCACCCCCAUCACCGAGACCCGAACUACUUGCUGCACGACUUGCAGCUGAAAAAUCCUAUGCUACCAAGCAGAUAUCAGCCGGUGAUGCCGCCCGGCUCGGUGCUAUGCGUAGCGCAAGCAGAGCGCAACCUCGACCACCGCCUCGACCUGCCACUCUAGACCGGCCUGAUAUACGUGCCCCUAUCCCCAUACGUCCAAGAAGCGCCCAGGAAAGCGUGGAUAGUAUGUUUAAAGAUGAUAUUACAAGUUCCGACUCUGGUCCCCGAUACUCCCCAUCCCUACGAUCCCGAGCUGGGAGUCUUCGCUCCCAAGCUCUAAACACAUAUCCCUCUGUCAGCUCACGACUUGCUGCUGCAACGCCAAUAGAGGAUCCGAAACCGAGGCCUCCGCCGCGCUCAAUGACAUCAUCAGUAGACUAUCUCAGAAAACCGGUGCUCUCUUCGUCCUCACCAAGCAUAGCCUCAACGUCAGAACUAUCACAGCGGAGCAGCUCAAGUGCGGUUACCAGUAUGGCGGAUGAAUCAAAUCGGAUUCGUGAGGAGGCCCUUUCCAACGCCAUUAUUGCGUCCGCCCUAGCAUCAUCCCGGGCAUCCCCUGCGACCAAACUACCACCGCCUCCCCCACGACGUCGAAGAGCCCAUUCAAAGUCAAUCCUUCAAUUAGCAUAUCCCAAAAGCGAACCAUCAAGAACCCCAAGUCCGCUGAAGGGAAUGCCACAAACCCUUCGUGGCCUGCCAAAGCCCGAUGAUGACGAGGCUCGUCGGCGGCACAAGAUGAAACUGCUCCACAAGCAUCCCCACAAACACCAUGAAGGAGAUCGAAAACGAUGGAGACGGGAGGUGACUGAAAAAGAACGUAAGCGCUAUGAAGGUGUAUGGGCUUCAAACAAGGGGCUGCACAUCCCCCCCAGCUUUAACACGCAGACUAGAACCCAGAAGUGGCCGCCACCAUCGGAGAUGGUAUUAAACCUAGUGGUGCGGGAAAUCUGGUCCCGCAGUGGCCUGUCAGUUUCUGUGCUGGAGCAAGUGUGGGACCUUGUGGAUCAACAGCAUAUUGGGCUUUUAACCAAAGAGGAAUUCGUGGUAGGAAUGUGGUUGAUAGAUCAGCAGUUGAAAGGACAUAAACUGCCAAACAAAGUCCCGGAUAGCGUUUGGGAUAGUGUGCGUUAUGUUACUGGGAUCAAACUUUCGAGUACUGGCAGAUAA